AUGAGUAAAAGUGUAGAAGAAACAUUAAAAGGAGCAGAUAUUAAAUUGCUCCUAAUUGAUUUCGAUGGUACAUUAUUUGUUGAUAAAGAUAUAAAAGUGCCCAAAGAAAAUAUAGAAGCAAUUAAAGAAGCUAUUGAAAAAGGAUAUAUGGUAAGUAUAUGUACAGGACGAUCAAAAGUUGGUAUUUUAAGUGCAUUUGGUGAAGAAAAUUUGAAAAUAAUGAAUUUUUAUGGUAUGCCCGGUGUAUAUAUUAACGGAACUAUAGUAUAUGACCAAAUAGGAUAUACUUUGCUUGAUGAAACAAUUCAAACUGAUGUAUAUGCAGAAUUAAUAAAUUAUCUUGUUGAAAAAAAUUUAGUUAAUCAGACAAUUUUUCAUAGAGGAGAGUCUAAUUAUGUAACUGAAGAUAAUAAAUAUGCAGAUUUUUUACAAAAAAAUUAUAGCGAAAAUAGAAGUAUUAUUAUUAGACAUAAUGAGUUGUUAAAAUAUAAAACUAUGAACAAACUUAUGAUAGUAUUAGAUCCAUCUGAAUCGAAACAAGUAAUAGAUAAUUUAAAGAAAAAAUUCUCAAAAAAAUUAACAAUAUUUACAACAUAUAAUGGGCAUGCAGAAGUAACCAAGUUGGGUCAUGACAAAUUUACAGGUAUUAAUUAUUUAUUAAAACAUUAUAAUAUUUCGAAUGAUCAAGUUUUAGUUGUAGGAGAUGCAGAAAAUGAUAUAGCUAUGCUAUCAAAUUUUAAAUAUUCCUUUGUUGUAGCAAAUGCAACAGAGUCAGCAAAAUAUCAUGCAAAAUGCAUUCUUCCAUUAACACAUAAAGAAGGUGCUGUUGCUUAUUUACUAAAAAAAGUAUUUGAACUAAAAAAAUAA